CGUUCCCGGGUCGGGCAGCUAGAGAGCAGUGCAGGGAGCGCCAGCCCGAGCCGCGAGCUCCCUUCCUGUGGGCAAGGCCGACAGCGGAGCCGAGCGCCGGCCGAGGCCCGGCCCGGCCGCCCCCGCUCCGCUCGCCCAUGGCGGAGACCAAGAUCAUCUACCACAUCGACGAGGAGGAGACGCCGUACCUGGUGAAGCUGCCCGUGCCGCCGGAGAAAGUCACGCUGGCCGAUUUCAAAAAUGUCCUCAGCAACCGGCCCGUGCACAGCUACAAGUUCUUCUUCAAGUCCAUGGACCAGGAUUUCGGGGUGGUGAAGGAAGAGAUCUCAGAUGACAAUGCAAAGCUCCCUUGCUUCAAUGGAAGAGUGGUGUCCUGGCUGGUCCUGGCUGAAAGCUCCCACUCUGACACGGGCUCGCAGUGCACCGAGAGCCACGUGGACCUUCCACCAGCCCUGGAGAGGACAGGGGGCAUCGGCGACUCCCGGCCCCCCUCGUUCCACCCCAACGCUGCCAGCAGCAGGGAUGGCCUGGACAACGAGACGGGAAGCGAGUCCGUGGUCAGCCACCGGCGCGAGCGGCACCGCCGCAGGAACCGCGAAGGCCAUGAGGACGCCGCCAGGAUCAACGGGCACCCCAAGCUGGAGCGGCACCGGGAGCACGCGCCGGGCUACGACAGCUCCUCCACCGUGCUGAGCAGCGAGCUGGAGUCCAGCAGCUUCAUCGACUCCGAGGACGAGGACCACACCAGCAGGUUGAGCAGCUCCACGGAGCAGAGCACCUCGUCCCGCCUCAUCCGCAAGCACAAGCGCCGGAGGAGGAAACAGAGGAUGCGGCAGAUUGACAGGUCGUCCUCGUUCAGCAGCAUCACUGACUCCACCAUGUCCCUAAACAUCAUCACUGUCACACUCAACAUGGAAAAGUACAACUUCCUGGGAAUCAGCAUUGUGGGGCAGAGCAAUGACCGGGGCGAUGGUGGCAUCUACAUCGGCUCCAUCAUGAAAGGAGGGGCGGUGGCAGCGGACGGGCGCAUCGAGCCAGGGGACAUGCUGCUGCAGGUGAAUGAUGUCAAUUUUGAGAACAUGAGCAAUGACGAUGCUGUUCGGGUUUUACGGGAAAUAGUCUCCAAACCAGGACCUAUCAGCCUAACAGUAGCCAAAUGCUGGGACCCUACUCCCAGGAGUUAUUUCACCAUCCCCAGGGCUGAGCCGGUGCGGCCGAUCGACCCCGCGGCGUGGAUCUCUCAUACCACGGCCAUGACGGGAGCGUACCCCCGUUACGGUAUGAGCCCCUCCAUGAGCAUCACCACAUCUACCAGCUCCUCACUAACAAGCUCAAUUCCCGAGUCGGAAAAAUUAGAAGAAUCUCCCUUAACUGUGAAGAGUGACAUGGCUACUAUUGUCAAGGUCAUGCAGCUGCCAGACUCAGGCCUUGAAAUUCGGGACAGGAUGUGGUUAAAAAUCACCAUCUCCAAUGCAGUGAUAGGAGCAGAUGUGGUGGACUGGCUUUACACACACGUGGAAGGCUUCAAGGACCGCCGGGAGGCCAGGAAAUACGCCAGCAGCAUGCUGAAACACGGCUACCUCAGGCACACUGUGAACAAAAUCACCUUCUCAGAGCAGUGCUACUACGUCUUCGGGGACCUCUGUGGCAAUCUGGCUGCACUGAACCUCAACAACGGUUCCAGCGGCGCCUCGGACCAGGACACCCUGGCUCCACUCCCACACCCCGCUGCUCCCUGGCCCUUGGGCCAAGGAUAUCCCUACCAGUAUCCUCUGCCCCCUCCUUGUUUCCCACCAGCCUACCAAGACCCAGGCUUUAGCUAUGGCAGUGGCAGUGCAGGCAGCCAGCAAAGUGAAGGGAGCAAAAGCAGCGGCUCCAACCGGAGCACCAGCGAGACCAGCAGGAGAGGAGCGGGCAGGGAGAAGGAGCGCAAGUCCGGGGGCAGCGGCAGCGAGUCGGAGCCCGGAGCGCGCCGCGAGCGGCCGCUCAGCCAGCUCAGCCAGCGCUCGGCCAGCGACAGGAGCCACCAGAGCCACCACUCCUACGGGCCCCCGGGGGUGCCCCCCUUGUACAGCCUGCCCAAACUGGGCUCCAAGGUGCUGGGCAGCAGCGGCCCGCCCGGAGGGCCGCCGGUGCGCGAGCUGAGCGCCGUGCCGCCCGAGCUCACCGGGAGCCGCCAGUCCUUCCAGAAGGCCAUGGGCAACCCUUGCGAGUUCUUCGUGGACAUCAUGUGAGAGAGGAAGUGCCUUCAAAAGACUCUGCACAGGGUGGGUUUUUUGGUUUUUUUUUGGUUUUGGCGGGUGGGUUGUGGGGCGCUCAGCUGGAAGAGGCUUGGCUGUCUUGCAUGUCACACCUUUCCGUUCGCGAGUGUGUCGCAGAAAACAAACAAAAAAAAUCGACAAAACUGAACAAAAAGAAGAAGAAAAAAAAAAAAUACAAACCCCGCCCCCUUCGCCUACAAAAAUGAACAACAAAAUCUCCUGGGAUUGUUAAAUAUCAGCAAAGCGACGGCAUCUUUUCGUUACGUUUAUUUUUUCUCCCCAUCUCGUUCUGGAUUGUGAAUGGCUGGUGUAUAUUCACAUCUUAAUGAGCUUUGGUCAUCGUGGCACCUACUUCAGUGGAAUUAGUGUCUCUUUCUGGGCUGAUUGGAGGACUGGUAUUUCACAUGACUUCUAAAUUCCUGACAAUGCAUAGGAGCACUUUGAUUUUUUUUUUUUUUUUCCCCUGCUUUUUCUCUUGCAAGGACAAAAGGACUGCUGGCUGGUAUCUGGGAUACUGCCUUGGAAUGCUGUGUUUUGGAUGCAUCCAUAGCUCUAAGCAGACAUGGCACCCACAAGUGCUUGGAAAGGAGCAGGAUCCAACCAAUUCCUAGAGGAGAACAAAGUUGUGGCUACUUUCUGCUGACUAGGCAGUAUAAAUCAAUCUUUCUUGGGUUCUUCAAGGGUUGUUUUUUAUUUGAGAUAUUCUAUCAAGGGAGUGCUGGAGUCUUGCUACUGUAUGUGUUCAUUGUGCAGAACUUGUAAAGUUAUUUCCUUCAGUUAUUUCCUUAUUUCCCAAGAGUGAUUUUCCAGCUGCACUCGGUUCCUGGGCAUUUCAGUCACAUCCCUGCUGCCAGGUGUGGCUGUUCCCUCUGAUGUGCACUUGCUUGCAGGUUGGAAGAGUUAUUCCCACAGAAAUAGGAAAAUGGCUGCAGUUCUGUCAGCUUUGCCCUUCUGAAGGGGCUGUUUAUCCCAUUCCAGCAGAGAAAUCCUGGCUCCCACUGGGACGUGGCUCUUCUUUGUGAGCACAAUCUUUCUCUUUUUUUUUGUUGAACCAGAGACCUGGAGACAUCUGACCCCCCAGGGAACAUUUCUGAGCACAGUGGGCAGAGAGGUGUGAGGGUAUCUGAGUGCAGACCAGAAAUGAUACAAAAAGAAAUCCUUACCCUGACACUGAGACCCAUCCUGGAGCUCCCCAAAAAUAAAUCCUUGCCCUGACACUGAGUUAGACCCACUCUGGAGCUCCUCAAAAAUAAAUCUUUGCCCUGACACUGAGUUAGACCCAUCCUGGAGCUCCUCAAACAGAAAUCCUUACCCCUAACAGCAAGUUAGAGCCACCCUGGAGCUCCUCAAACAGAAAUCCUUACCCUGACACUGAGUUAGACCCACUCUGGAGCUCCCCAAAAAGAAAUCCUUACCCUGACACUGAGUUAGACCCACUCUGGAGCUCCCCAAAAAUAAAUCCUUACCCCUGACACUGAGUUAGACCCACCCUGGAGCUCCUCAAACAGAAAUCCUUUUCAAAUUCUCAAAAAGAAAGCCCUGACUGCUCCUCCUGCUGAGGACCCCUGACUGAAGCACCUGCUGUUGAAUAUCCCCAGGAUUUAAUUUCUGGCUGUUUCCUGCUCUGAGGCUGUAGAAAGUGAAUUCAGGCAGCUUCAGGGAUGUUCAAGAAGCUUUUUUAAGGCAUGGUGAGCACAGCCAUGCUCCCAUGUGGCUCAUUUAUUGAGCCAGGAGCUGCAGCCACCCUGGCAUUUGACCAUGGGGCCAUUCCUCAGUUAAAUCCUCUUUUGUGAGAUCCCUACAGCUGCCAGGAUUUAGGACAGGCGCUUUAAAAUCAGUUUUUUUACUGUAAAUAAGCAUUUUCUGCACUGGUAAGAAGCUUCGUUCUGGUCUGUUCUGUGUUUUUUUGGGUAAAUAUCCAAGGUGGAUGUGAAGAGAGAACAUCUUUGUCUCUGUACACACACAGUUCAUUCGUCACCCUGAAAACUGACUCUUCAAAAUGUCCAUUUCAUUCUGAUUUUUCACUCCUUUUUCCCACCUCCCUUUCUCAGAGACUCCAGAUGUUUGUGGGAAUGGGAGACUCGAUUUCUCCUUCCACAGGGAGCCAGGAAUUUGGGAAACACUCACUCAGCCCAUUUCUGGGCUUCUAAAUUAAUUUUCUUUCCUAAAACCUCCCCCCAAAAAAGCUGCCCAAAGCUUCUGAAAGCAGAGCUUUCAUCACUUCCCAUGGCUGGCUCCUCCAAAAGAGGCCCUGCCUAAAGCUUGACUGUACAACAGGACUGUGCUUUUCUUUCCCUCCUUCUCCCAGGUGCAAACCUGACUUGGUAAAUUAUUCUGAAAGAUUGACACUUAAAUCAGGGUAAAAUAGUGGUGGAAUUCUGCUCUUGUCUCCAGCAGACACUGCUGAGCAGUCUGUGACUUUACUGACAAUCACUAGUGGUUCUACUUUUAAAUUAAUUGAGAUUUUUUUUUCUGGCCUCUUAUAAAUUAUGAUUUCUCUGGCCCUGUUUGUUUUAAGGCAGAACUCAGAGAGCUGGAGGAAAAAAAAAAAAAAUCUCCUUUUAAUAUUUCUAAAAAGGAGAUUAAAGCUGGGAGCUGAGCUUUUCACUUGGAAAUGUUUAAUUUCCAAGAGUUGCAGUUUACACACCUGCUGGGGGUUUGGUUUUGUCUCGUGGUUUUGCUGUUGGCAGAAACUGUUCUGUGUCUUGCUGGUCUUUGCUGCUAUGUUGAAAAAUGACUUUUUUUUUUUUAAAUGCGCGUGCUCGUGGGUCUCCCUGGGACGAGGCUGUGAGUCCCCAGCAGAUGUGGGAGUUGUCCUGAGGAAAUGAGGCUGGAGGAGCUUCCCCCAGUGCAGGGAGAGGUGCUCUGGGUGUUGUUGCAGAGGUGGAUCCUGCAGAGAGAGUAGGAGGGAGCAGUGCCCCUCCUGAACAGUGCAAUAUUGAGCAGUGACACAAAAAUCUGCAUUUCCCACCCCCCGUGCAGAGGCUGGGCUGAAGAUCUUCGCCAGAUAUGUUUCCUCAAGGGAAGAAAAAUGAGAUUUCCCCCAUCCCAUCCCUGGCUUCCAUCCUUUGUGUCCUUCCAGCUCUGCCCUGCAGGAACCUGUGCCAGGGGAGCUGCCCUCAGUGGGAAUUGUGCCAGGGGGAAGAAAAUUGGGAGGCUGGAGUGCUGCAGACCCAGCAUUUCUUACCCACCAGGGCCUGAAAUUUAAUUUGGAUGGAAUGGCUCCAGGGAGAGGUUUGCUGUGCAGGGCAUGGGAACACCCUCAGAACAGGAGCCUGAAGGAAUUGGACUAAAAUAAUUCUUGCAUUGCUUUUUAAAAUCAGGUAAUUUUUAUUCUGCAGCUGAGCUCAGUGCUCACCUCUCCCUGCAGCAGGGAUGUCUGGGGGAUCCUGGAAAAGGGGCAGGAAACACUUUGGGGUGACUUCUCCCACCCCAAGAGGCAGGAUCUGCUGGGGGAGUGUCUCCAGCCAGUAUCUGAACCCUGAAGAGGAAAUUUUUUUGGCAAAUAGUCUUAAAAGCAUGCUGGUGUCUUUUACCUCCUGUUAAUGAAUCUGCUUUUCCAAGGAAUCAGUGCCCUGGACACUUUAUCCAAAGGUUUUAUUGGAUGGCAAGCAAUGAUGCACACACGUUGACUUUUGCUAUGAUUUUUGUCCUCUCUGAUUUUUGUUCUCUCCCCUCCUGAGACUUGACAGCUCAUGGGUUGAUGUAAUUGUUUUGGUUUUUUUUUUUUGUUUUGUUUUGUUUUGUUUUGUUUUGUUUUGCAUUUAACUGGAUUGUAAUAAGAUUGACUUAAAAUUAUUAAUUCUAAUCAGUGAUUAGAAAUACAUGUAAAGAAUUUUAUGUACAGUAGAGGAACAAAGUUACAUGAUUUUAAAGAAUGAAAACCCAGACUAUCACCUGUCCUAGAACUGGUUCUACUCCAAGAGUGACCUCUUAUUAGCAUGGACUGCACUGUUCCUGUUAAAUGUCUAUUGCAUAAUUGAAUUCUUUUUUGUAGAUAUUGUAUUAAAACCCAAGUGUCUGUAUAGUUAAUAUAUAGCUGCUUAUGUGUAAAUGCUAUUUUAAACACUAAAAAGCUUUUAAUUUUAUGUGAUAA